AUGGGUAAUCAAAUCUCCUCAGAAUCGGCGGGUAUCACGCAAGUUACCACAGUAUCUGCUCUGGUCAUUAUAAUUCUUGCGUUGCUUCCACAGCUCAGCCUCCAAUUCAAGUUAUCAAAAUUGCCAUUGUUCGGUGUUUCUACAAACAAUGACAAGCAACGAGCCUAUUUCCUAAGAUAUUGCACAGAACUGUAUCGCAAAGGAUACAAACAAUUCACAAAAUCUGUUUACCGUAUGGCAGCAGAUGAUGACAUACAAUAUGUGGUCAUACCACCCAGGUUUUUGCCUGAGCUGAACAAACUCCCCGACGAUGUUGUGGAUCUUCCUGCGGCUGUUAAAAAAAUGCUCGAAGGUCAAUAUACCAAACACGAAACCAACUUUCCGACAUUGAUGCACAGUAUAAAGGCUGAUCUUACACCUUCAUUAAAACGCCUCAACGAGCAUAUCUCUGCAGAGAUCGACAACGCUAUGGAACGGUUCAUGCCUCCUUGCGAGGACUGGACUAAACUGAUGAUAUACGAAAAUAUAACAGCCAUUAUAGCUCAGGUAUCUGGCCGCCUAUUCGUCGGACCAGAAUAUUGUCGCGAUCCUGAAUAUCUUGAAAUUGCAGUCAAUUUCACGAAUGAAACAACUAUUGCGGCUUUCGCAGUCAAGAAUUGCAAUAGAUGGCUUCGUCCGUUCAAAGCCUCUCGCCUCUCGGAGAUCCAACAGCUCCAGAACAGACACAAACGGGCUACCAAGUUCUUCGAGCCUAUCAUCCGCCAGAGACAACAAUCGAACCAGAAGAGUUUUGACGAUAUGUUGCAGUGGUUGAUGGAUCGUGCCAAAUCAAGUGGUGUCUCCAUGGACGUUUCGUCACUGAUAAGACAGCAGCUUACACUUACUGUCGCAGCCAUCCACACCACCGCCAUGACAGCCACCAACAGCCUAUUCAGUCUCGCGGCGAUGCCCGAGUACCUCGAGCCACUUCGCGAGGAGAUUCACACCGUCCUGGAAGACAAUGGCGGAAGCCUCACACCGCGCGCUCUUCAGCAACUAGUCAAGCUGGACUCCUUCAUCAAAGAGGUCGGCCGCUGCCUCCCAGCUUCCUUUGCUCGCUACGUUCGCAAGCCCUUUACGCUCUCCAACGGCCAACACAUCCCCGCUGGCGUGAUCGUCGAAGUACCUUCCGAUGCCGUCAGCUUUGACCCAGCCGUAUUCACCAACCCCGAAGAGUUCGACGGCUUCCGGUUCUACAAAAUGCGUGAAAAUGCGAGCACAGGCGAGAUAGCACGCUCUCAAUUUGUCUCUUCGAAUGAACGCGAUAUGCUGUUUGGAUAUGGCAAGCAUGCGUGCCCGGGUCGGUUCUUUGCGGCCAACGAGAUUAAGAUUAUUCUUGUUAGGAUGAUUACGGAUUAUGAUAUCAUCAUGCCUGAUGGACGGAAGGAGAGGUACGAGCCGAUUCAGGUGGAUAGGCAGAUUAUGCCGAAUCCGAACAAUCCAUUGCUUCUGAGGCGCCGGAAGGUUUAA